AUGUGGUCGGAUAUCGUUUAUGUUUCGCUGUUAUUAUUUUGUGUAUUUAUCGGAUUUUAUUAUCGAAAAAUUGAAGAUCCACAUAUAAAAAAAUGGAUCGGCACAAUUAUUGGUAUUAUAGUGAUGGCAAUUUGUUCUGGAAAUUAUAUACUUUAUCCUUUCAUGCUUACUCUGAUUAAUGCGAUUAUCAUAACCAAGCUUUCGCCGAAGAAAUGUCAUUUGGUCAGUUUUUAUUUUUCAUUUUUUUAUUUACUCUUUUUGUCUCGACUAGGAGAUUAUAUUGGUUUACCAAUAGCACCAAGUCAUACAAAUCUAAUACUCAUGAUAUUAACAUUAAAAUUAUCUGGAUUAGCAUUUGAAAUAAAUGAUUCUAUUAAUGCACCAGUUGAUGAUAUACAAGGAAUAAAUUCUGAAGCAAUGAAAAAUAUUGGAUUUUUAGAUGUUUUUCAUUAUGGUUUUGGCUAUAUGGGACUUCUGACUGGACCAUAUUAUCGGUAUAGAACAUAUUGGGAUCAUCUACACAGACCAUUCUCUAAAAUUGUAGAUCCAUGGCCUCUCACAUUUUACAAACUUAAACAAAUUACAUGUUUUAUUGUGUUAUUUUUUAUAAUGGAUUACUUGUAUCCUGUCAGAUACAUUUUAACUGAGGAAUAUGCAGAACGAUCUUUCCUUUAUAGACACUUUUAUAUGUAUCCCACAUUUAUAGUUUUUCGAUUAAGAAUGUAUAUUGGAAUGGGUCUAGCAGAAUGUGGUUGUCAAAUGGCUGGACUAGGUGCAUAUCCUUUAAAAUGUACUCCUAUACAAGGACUAGGACCUAAAGAUUAUAAAACAACAGAGGAACUAUCUAAAAUGCCUGAAAAAUUGAAAAAUGAAGAAUUAAAUUUUGAUGCUGUAUAUAAUAUGAACGUAUGGAAACUAGAAAAAUGUAACUCAACAAGAACAGCUAUGAAAGCAUGGAAUGGUUGUGUUCAAUAUUGGUUUGGUGUUUACAUUUAUAAACGAUUUCCAUUGAAAAGUUUACGAACUUUUGCAACUCUGACACUUUCUGCUAUUUGGCAUGGUUGGUCAUCUGGUUAUUUUCUCUGUAACUGUCAGAUUCCUCUUUUUCUGUUAUCCGAAGAUAUAAUUAUAAAAUUCUAUCAACAAAGUAAAGAAAAUAGUAUUGCCAAAAAAUUAUGGUAUAUAGUAGGAUGGUAUGAAAAAACAACUUGCAUGGCAUAUUUAGGAACACAAUUCUUAGUAUUAGAUUUUAAAGAAAAUUUACAGUUUUGUAAACAAGUAUACUUUUCUGGACAUAUCAUAGCAUUUUUAUUAUACAUAGGUGCUCUCUAUUGCAAGCCAUAUAUUUUGAAGAAAAGUACAGAGAAUAGGGAUAAGGACAAGUAGUCUGUGAUUUUUUUUUUUUUUACAUCAUAAAAUUGCAUGUCUUUAAUAUUUAAAAACAUAAGACUAUUUAAAUGAAAUGUGCGUUAUAACACAUUUCGCAUAAUUUUACGCAUAAAAUCAUUUAAAUAUUUUUAGCAUAAUGUUAAAAUUUUUUUCUUUAAUAUAAGCGUAAUUUUACAUAUAAGCUAUCAUAUAAAGCCAUCUAAAUAUUUUUAGCAUAGUGCUAAAAGAUAUUUUUUUAGAAUAAUUUUUUUUUUUAACAUAAAUGAUAAAAAUUUGACAUCUAGUCAAUAAUUAUUUAAUGAUGUCAAAAAAAUGUAAAAUAUUUCUUGUUGUUAUUAUUAUAAUUUAGAAGAAUUAUUAAAUAUUAUAGAUUUAUAUCAUUUUAAAAAGACUUUUUUUGAAUAUUUAGAGGGUUUAUAAUCAUCUAUUUAUAUAAAUAAGAAAUAAAAAGUUCUAUUUCUUCAACAAGAAUUCUUUAUUGAUUGAACUCUUCAUUUCUCUACAAAGAUUCCAUUCUUUCCUUAAAAAAAAAAUCUUUUAUUAACUGUGACAUUGUCUUACCUCUAAAAUACUUACUAUUUUAAUGACGAGUGCCUGAAAAACCUGAAAAAAAAAACACAGGAAAAGCAAAA